GAGCGGGGCCGGUGUUCCAUGGAACAGCCCCGGCCCGGCCGGAGCCGCGCUGAGCAGGGCCGGGGCACCGGAUUCCUCCGGGCCGCGGGAAGCUGACGCGCCGGCCUAAGAAUAGCGCGGGCCGGGGCUGCGGCCGGAGCUGCUGAUGAAAUCGCAGCCGCGAGCGUUGGAGUCUUUGGACCUUCCCAUGCUCGGGACCUUUGACUCAUAAGAGGCUCCUGCAGAGGAGGAGGAGGAGGAGAGGAGAGGAAGGAGAGGCAGGAGGAGGGAGCAGAGCCCGGUCCGGAGCGGGGCAGCUGCGGGGGCGCUCGCAGAGGCGCUGCAUGAGGAGUUUUCGGACAAGAUGCUCUCCCUGAAGAAGUACUUCACGGAGGGGCUGAUCCAGUUCACCAUCCUGCUGAGCCUGGUCGGGGUGCGCGUGGACGUGGACAGCUACCUGAGCUCGCAGCUGCCGCCGCUGCGCGAGAUCAUCCUGGGCCCCAGCUCGGCGUACGCGCAGACCCAGUUCCACCAGCUGCAGAACACGCUGCACGGCUAUGGCAUCCACCCCAAGAGCGUCGAGCUCGACUCCUUCUUCAGCGCGCGCCGCCUGCUGAGCCAGGUGCGCGCCCUGGACCGGCUGCGGGUGCCCAGCACCGAGCUCAGCGCCUGGCUGGUGCACCGCGAGCCCGAGGCGCCGCAGGACGGCGGCGGCGGCGCCGACCGCGACACCGGGGCCGAGCAGGGCUUUGGCGACGAGCUGGAGGACCUGGGAGCCGUGGCAGCGCCCGCCAACGGGGAUCUCACCAAGGAGGACAUCGAUUUGAUUGACAUCCUGUGGAGACAGGAUAUUGAUCUCGGCGCUGGGCGAGAGAUUUUUGACUACAGCCACCGUCAGAAAGAGAGCGAAGUGGACAAAGAGCUGAGCGAUGGGAGGGAGCGCGGGGACAGCUGGAGGAGUGCAGGGAAUGAGGUCUUGGAUAGAAUCCCGCUAGUUGAUGGAGAGACCGGGGAGAGUUUCCCUGCGCAGGUGCCCGGAGCGGAGGAUCAGACAGCCCUGUCCCUGGAGGAGUGCCUUAGGCUGCUGGAGGCCACCUUCCCCUUCGGGGACAAUUCCGAGUUCCCAGCUGCCGAUGUCUCGGCCCUGAGCGAGGCCGUGCCCGGGCAGAGCCGGGCCCCGGGCGGCGCCCCCGGCCUGCUGUCCCCUCUGCUGGCCGAGACCGAGUCGCCCUUCGACCUGGAGCAGCAGUGGCAGGACCUGAUGUCCAUCAUGGAGAUGCAGGCCAUGGAGGUGAACAGCACGAGCGCCGAGAGCCUCUACGGCGGCACGGGCGGGGACCUGCUGGCGUCCAACUACAGCCUGGCGCCCGGCACGCCCAUCAACCAGAACGUGAGCCUGCAUCAGGCCUCGCUGGGCAGCUGCUCCCAGGACUUCUCGCUCUUCAGCUCGGACAUGGAGAGCCCCUCCAUGGCGGGCGGCUCGGCCCUGCUGCAGCUGGCGCCCGACAACUCCACCGGCCUCAACAGCACCUUCGGCUCCACCAACCUGAGCGGGAUCUUCUUCCCGCCGCAGAUGAACGGCACGGCCAACGAGACGGCCGGGCCCGAGCUGCCCGACCCGCUGGGGGGGCUGCUGGACGAGGCCAUGCUGGACGAGAUCAGCCUGAUGGACUUGGCCAUCGAGGAGGGCUUCAACCCCGUGCAGGCCUCGCAGCUGGAGGAGGAGUUCGAUUCCGACUCAGGUCUUUCCCUGGAUUCCGGCCACAGCCCCGCGUCCCUGAGCAGCUCCGAAGCCUCGUCCUCGUCGUCCUCUUCCUCUUCGUCCUCCUCCUCCUCCUCGUUUUCCGAGGAAGGCGCCGUGGGCUACAGCUCGGACUCGGAGAACGUGGACUUUGAGGAGGCGGAAGGGGCGGUUGGCUACCAGCCAGAGUACAGCAAGUUCUGCCGCAUGAGCUACCAGGAGCCGGCGCAGCUGCACUACCUGCCUUACCUGGAGCACGUGGGCCACAACCACACCUACAACAUGGCCCCGGGCGCCCUGGACCCCGAGGAGCCCAAAGCGCCCGGCGCCGGCAAGAAGAGCGGCAAGGAGAAACCGUCGGAGCUGCUGGACAAGCAGCUGAGCCGCGACGAGCACCGCGCCCGCGCCAUGAAGAUCCCCUUCACCAACGACAAGAUCAUCAACCUGCCCGUGGAGGAGUUCAACGAGCUCCUGUCCAAGUACCAGCUGAGCGAGGCCCAGCUCAGCCUCAUCCGCGACAUCCGCCGGCGCGGCAAGAACAAGAUGGCGGCGCAGAACUGCCGCAAGAGGAAGCUGGACACCAUCCUCAACCUGGAGCGCGACGUGGAGGAGCUGCAGCGCGACAAGUCCAAACUGCUCAGGGAGAAGGUGGAGUUCCUCAAGUCCAUCCGGCAGAUGAAGCAGAAGGUGCAGAGCCUGUACCAGGAGGUGUUCGGGCGGCUGCGGGACGAGCAGGGCCGGCCCUACUCGCCCAGCCGCUACGCGCUGCAGUACGGCAGCGACGGCAGCGUGCUGCUGAUCCCGCGCGCGCCCGCGCCCGCCGAGCCGCAGCCGCGCCGCCCCGAGCGCAAGCAGAAGGAGCGCAGGAAGUGAAGGCGGCGGCGGCGGCGGAAGGGAGAGCUGGGGCGAGGGAGGGCCGAGCCUGCCGGAGGUGCUUGCGGAGGGAACUUUGAUGCCGCCUUAUCCGACGCUGUCUCCUGGAGCCGCGCGCGGCGCCGGCGGCGCCGGGGACUCUGCGGGAGCCAGCGGCCGUCCCCGAGCGCGGGACGGGGCCCAGCCCGAGCCCGAGCUGCCACCGGACACCCCCGGGUGGUGCUGGGAGAGCAGGGACGAGCUGGCAUCGCUGCUGGGGAGGUUGGCACGAGGUGGAUAAAACAAAAAAAAAACACACAAAAAAAAAAUCCCACAAAAAAAAAACAAACUACUGUUAGGAACUGGCUUUAAGUAAGAGAAAAAAAAAACAAAAAACAAGAAAAAAAAAGAGAUUUAAGCGAAUGGACUUCAAACCAAGUUAUAGGAGAGACGUUUUUCUGAACUUCCAAAGUUCUGUGAUUUCAGGUAGUUGGUUGUUUUUAAUUUUUUUUUUCCCUUUUUUUUUUGUUUUUCUUUUGGUUCCUUUUUGGUUUUGUUUCCCUUUUUUUUCCUUUCAUCCCGACCCCGUUUUUUGCCAUCGGGUGUGUGUGUGAGAUAUUCCAGAUUUCUCCUUCCUCGACGGGAGAUCAGAUCAGACCAGGGCACACGUGGAGAGACACAACAAGUGGCGUGGCUUCCAUUAACCCCUUCCUGCCCGAGGGGGAGCAGGGCCGGGGGUGCCUCCCGUUAACCCUUUCCUGCCUGGGGAGGAGCAGGGCCGGGGGUCACUCCCGUUAACCCUUUGCUGCCUGGGGAAGGGUGAGGAGCCCAUGGAGGGAGAAGGGGAGGGCAGGAGCAGCAGGGUCCCAGCUGAGCCGAGCACCCGGGCCCGGCUGCUUCUGAAUUGGGGUCAGGAACAGCACAAGGGGAGCGCUGGGACCCCCGAUCGCCCCUCGAGCCCCCACAACAGCUGCGGGUCCCCGUCCCACAACCACGCUUGGGUUUCUGAAGGGUUCCAGCCUUGACUUUUUUUCCUCUCCCCCCUUUUAGGGUCUAGAAGUGCUUGUGUUGAGUAAAAAAAACAAACAAACAAAAAAAAAACCUAAAAAAAAAAAAUUACAAAAAGAAAAAAAGCCAAAAAAAAACAAAAAAAAAAAGGGAGAAGCCCAACGGUUCAAAGCUGCUCAAUGUUCUCUUUGCCAUAAGGAUUCCGUGUAACCGUGUGAUCACAUUAUAGGAUUCUCUUCUGUCCCCAGAGGUGUUGGUCUGACUUCCUUUGUUUUUCAGGAGGGGGGUGGGGGUAGUGCCUUGAUCACUGUCAGGUCUCCACGCCUCGGAGACCAUCCUAGAGCUGUAUUUCCAUAUAGCACAGCUGGGAGUGUUCUGACUUUACCAGCAACCAGAAAAAAAAAAAAAUAGAGAAAUUAUAAAAAAAAAAAAAUUAAAAAAAAAGGAAAAAAAAAGCUUAAAAAAAAUAAAUAAAAUGAAUAAAAUGAAAAUAAACGGCUUUUCCGAGCCAGUCCUGUGCACGGGAUCCAGGCAGGAUCCCGGGGUGGCGCUUCCAGGCCCGCUGGCAGGAUAGGAUGUGUGUGGGUUUGUGGGAAUGUUCUCCAGGAUUUUGGGAAUGCUUGGAGCUGGGAUGGGCCGGGCGGGGGUCCCGAGCCCCUCCGGCCCCCCGGGAAUGAAGCACAAGGGGAUGUGGGGAGGUUGGCACGGAGAGAGAGCCCUGUGCGUGUGGGUAAAUUAUUUCUUUUUGUUUCCUCUUAGAAACUUGUUUUGAUUUGAAUGUCAGGGAGAGAAGAGAGAUUGUUGUGAGCACAGGACAAAAAAAUAAAAACGGCUUAUUCACUGUA